CAGAUGUUGGCAAGAUCUACAAGCUCCGAAUUGGCCAUGAUGGGAAGGGCAUUGGGGAUGGCUGGUUCCUGGAAAGUGUCACACUUAAAUGGAUGGUAAUGAAGGUGAAGGAGACUGAUAAGAAGAAAAAGAAGAAGAAGAAGAAGAAAUCCAGUGAGGAAGAGGAGGAGGACUCCCAGCCAGAAGAAGUGAUGGAAGUCUGUAAGUUCGUGGCUCACCGGUGGUUGGCUACAGAUGAAGGGGAUAAGGAGCUGGUUGUGGAGCUGAUACCCGAGGAUGGAUCUGGACUUGAGGAGAACACCUAUGAGGUCCAUGUCGUCACUGGGAAUGUGUGGGGUGCUGGGACUGAUGCUAAUGUCUUCUUGAGCAUCUAUGGCGAAGGAGGAGGAGACACUGGUGAGCGCCAGCUGAAAAGGUCCAACCACCUGAACAAGUUUGAGAAGGGCCAGGAAGAUAUAUUCACCAUCAAAGCCAUUGAUCUGGGAGUACUGAAGAAACUGCGGAUUCGUCAUGACAACUCCAGCGGCAACGCAGCCUGGUUCUUGGACAGAGUGGAGAUUGUUGAUCUCAAGGACAACACCAGGUAUUAUUUCCCAUGCCAGCGGUGGUUGGCAGGUGAGGAAGAUGAUGGUCAGAUUGCCAGAGAGCUGGUUCCAGUGGAUGAAGCAUUUAUAAAGAAAGAUUCGGACAAUGAUCAUCAAUCUCUUGCAUCUCUGGGCCUGGAACAGAAAGCUAAAUCAACUACUUAUACUGUGAAAGUGAAAACCGGGGACAAGAAGAAUUCUGGGACAGAUGCCAAUGUCUUCAUCAUUCUUUAUGGAAAUAAAGAUGACACGGGGAUAAUCAAUCUAAAGGCCUCCAAAACUAACAAGAACAAAUUUGAGCGUGGGAAGCUCGAUGCCUUUACAGUGGAAUCUGUGGACAUUGGAGACCUGAAAAAAAUAAAGAUUGGCCAUGACAAUAAAGGUGGCUCUGCUGGCUGGUUUCUGGAAUGGGUGGAAAUUGAUGCCCCAUCACUUGGGCAAUGCCUGAAGUUUCCUUGUGGCCGCUGGCUGGAUAAAUCAGAGGAUGAUGGAGCCACUGAGAGAGAUCUCUUCCCUGCAGAACUGCAGACAAAAGAAUAUGUUCCAUUUGUCCCUUACGAGAUCACAGUUUACACCAGUGACAUCUUUGGAGCUGGCACCGAUGCAGAUGUUUUCAUUGUUCUGUAUGGAAGUAAUGGGGUCUGCAGUCAACAGAAAUCCCUGUGCCAGAACAAGAGAGAGCAAAGGUUGUGCUUUGAGAGGAACUCAGUGGAUCAGUUCAUUGUGGAGCUAGAGGAUGUUGGAGACACUAUUGAGAAGAUUCGUAUUGGGCACAGAGGAGGAGGGCUUAAUUCUGGAUGGCAUUUAGAUCGGGUGGAGAUACGGAGACUUUUGCCAAAUGGGAAGGGUUCGGAAACAAUCACAUUUCCAUGUCAAAGGUGGCUUGCAAAAUCUGAAGAUGAUGGCGAGAUUGUAAGAGAACUUGUACCAUCUGAUAUCUUUACUGAAAAACUCCUGAAAGAUGGGACACUAAAGCAGAUAGAACAGGAAGUUGAAGAACCACUAGAAAUUCAUACAUACAAGAUAACUGUGUUCACUGGCGAUAUCUAUGGCGCUGGGACAGAUGCAAAUGUUUUCCUGACUAUAUAUGGAGACCUCGGGGACACCGGGGAGAGAAAACUCAGCAAGUCUGAAACUAACUCCAACAAGUUUGAAAGAGCACAGGAGGAUAAAUUCACAAUACAGGCUGUGGACCUUGGGAUUAUAUACAAGAUCAAGAUUCGUCAUGACAACACCAUGCUGAAUGCUGACUGGUACCUGGAAAAAGUAGAGAUUCUGGAUGAAACCACAGAAGAAUUGUACCUCUUUCUGUGUGAACGCUGGCUUUCUACAAAGAAGGAGGACAAAAGGAUAGAGCGGACACUUUAUGAACAGAGCUAUGAUGGUGAACGGAACAGCCUGGGUGGCUCGUCUCUCAGCCUGAAGAGCCAAGAUACCAAUGCAAAUGUGAAGAAUAAGAAGAAACUCAGUUUGAACGGGUCUGCAAAGGAAGGCUCAUUGAUUCCGUAUCACCUCAUCAUCACUACUGGCACAGAAUAUGAUUCAAGCACCGACAGCCGAGUUUACAUCAUCAUUAUGGGUCCUCAGAAAGUGCAGACAGGCAGGCUGUGGCUGGAUCUCCCGAAAGAAAAGAAAGAGUUUGCUGAUGGCUCCGUGGAGAAGUUCUCCGUUAUGGGAUUAGAUGUUGGCGAGAUCAAAAAAUUGGAGGUACUGUGUGAACAAAGAGUGGUCAUUGGAGGCUUGAAUGAAGCAUGUUUCACCUAUCUGCAGUAUAGUUAG